AUGGUUUUAAAUAAUAAAUUUGAAGAUGAUGAUCUUGAGUAUUAUCAAAAAGAGUCGGAUAUUAAUAAAAAUAAUGAUAACAGUAGUAUUAUAAAUCACAAUUCAAUAAUUAAUAUUGACAUAGAUAAAGAAGAUCAUUCACCAGAAAUCUGUGAUAAAAAAGAAAAUCCAACUUUUGGAUCGAUUUUCGAUCGCAGUUCUCCUUUAUUCAUUGACAAAGUAUAUUUGGUGUGGCCAAUGUGGGUUACACACUUUUUCACUGGAUUCUCCAAUAAUAUCACUCCAAUUAUGUUUGCAGUUGCUGCUGAUGUCACCUCGAAGGAGGAACGUUCCAAGUAUCUUGCACUGGUAGGCAUCACAAUGGGUCUAUCUUUGGCAAUUUCACCAUUGAUAGGUGUCGCUCUCAUUAGCUGGCAUGUUAUCUCAGUGGUGAUUGUCGCCUUCUGUACAAACGUAGUAGGUCUAUUUACCAUUGUUUUCAUGAAGGAAACCAUUCACUAUAGUGACUCGAUUCCCAUCACCAAAGAGCAAAGACAAGAAAUGUCAGGAGCAACCAAGAAAUCAAAGAAUCCUUUCAAAGCCAUUUACUACCUAUUUAAAUCAAGCCUCUAUAUUGGAUUCUAUGCCAUUAUAUUCUUUUUGUUUUCUUUCACCGUGCAAGACUCGCAGAACACUGCAUUUUUGUACAGCAAUGUCAGAUAUGGCUGGGGUCCAACACAAGCCGGAAUCAUAACGUCAACGUUUGGCAUUGGAGUCAUGGUGUUCAGUGGUAUCUGCAAUGGCUUGUUGAAAUACGUUAGCGACAGAGUUUUGUCGAUCGUGUCAAAGGCAUCGCCAUCGGAUAUGCAAGGUUUCAUCUUGUCCGCUGUCAAUUCGCUAUGUUCCGUUGCUAGUUUCGUUGGUGCAUUGACAUCAGAGAAUAUCUUUGCAUAUUUCAUCUCGAGUAAAGCACCAUUUUACUUCCCAGGUAUGCAUUUCUGCAUUAAUGCCGGUAUUAUCCUUGUGACCUUCUUAUUUUCGCUCUAUGUAAUGAAGAGAUUCCCAGUUGGAUGUCCUGACGAGAAUUGUUCACAAGAAAUACUAUCCAAUGUCGACGUCUCUAAAGUUGAGGACAGUGACACCGAUCCAUUAUUGCCAAAAGAUAUUGAUUGA